GUCCGAUUCUCUAUUCCAAUAGAGGCUGGUAACCUGCCCAGUUCGAUUCAUGGGUGGGAGGGAAGUAUGAUCGGACGCCCCGGAUGCCGGACCGGACAUACAUUUGGAGCCACGAGGCGCAAGCAGAAUGUGUUGCGCGCGCAUACGAGCUUUUCAUUGUUUGCCUUUUGGGUUUGCCUCUCGCGUUCUCCAGUGGAUGGGCCACAUGGAAAAAACGUGUUCGUGUUUGAAUCCGACACAUAUAGGCGGCCAAUGUGAUUGUGUUUGACCACACAGCGUGUCCAACUUCCUUUGGCUGGACAUCUCGAUUGCAACUUCAUCAACCGAGCCCUUUCCUUCCGAGAAUCUCGUAUAACUAGGUGCUCUAGCUGUAGCAGUCUGUAGGGAGCCUACUCUCAACGCACACUUUGGUGCGCCUGUACAUCCAGGCAGUCAUUUUCCCACCUAGUCAAUUACGCCAUGGAUUCUGCUUCGUCAGUCGUGAUGGCAGCCCUAUCCACAAUUCGAGAUGUUCAGAAUCUCAGUCAUCAGUUUGGUACCAAGAUUCUGAUUGCACGAGGCGGCUACUCCGAGGUCUAUCGUGCCGAAUGGUUCCAAUCUGGCACCCAGGCUCCAGUAAAUGUAUGUUCUCUUGAACUGACAUGUUGAGGGUUUAGUUUCACUUCUUCCAUUGAGGUCUGCUACAAAGUUCUC